AAAAAAUGUUAUGAAAACGAAACGAAACAAAUUCGAUAGAUCUUUCCAGAGAGAACCAACGAUAUGUAGUGGUACGUAUAUACUUACAUAUGUAUGUACAUGAACAUGGGGCAUGGGGUUUCGCAGCAGACGAUACACAACGAUCAACAAAGAUACAGACUGCAUUGCACUCAAUUGCAUUACUUUACUCAUGCGUGGAACCGAGCACGGUACAAUGCGGUGAUGAGAAGAUUCAAAAUUGAAUAGCAAGCGCACGAAAGUGUCACCGAUUACGUAUUUAUACACGAUGGACAAUAUACGACCGCCAAUGGAUAACCUUUUUAACAUGCUGUCAGGCUUCAGUGCGGGUCACGAAAAAGCUUUAAAACAAGGCAUUUAUAAUGCCGUGGCAUUGUUCAUCCUGUGCCUGAUUUCAACGGCCGGGUACGGACUGUACAUUAUAUUGAGACCAUUCGUGAAACCCUUAAUAUGGGCUCUGUUAUGUGGUUCUGUUUUAUUCCCAUUCAAAUGCUCAUUAACUACUGUUGUGCAGUCAUGGUUCGACAAAACAGAGCUGUCUCAUACUCCGCUGAUCAUAAACUUAACGCUGUUACCUGUACAAAUAGUGGACAAAGUCUCCGACAGCUUGGGAUCUUUUCUAUGGAGUCACAUAAAAUAUAUUGCUGGUAUAUUCUUACUGGGAACUUCAAUUCUUGGUUUAUAUUAUUAUACACCUUACAUAUUGAGUUGCCUUAUAUGGAGGAUAUGUAUGAUCUUUAAUUUUAUUUUUGGAUUUUUCAUAACAACGUGUAACAUUUAUAUGAUUUCUAUUUUACUUAUCGGAUAUUUAUCCGUAUUAUAUGUGUACUGGACGCCUUUCAAUUCAAUUCAUUUUCGUUAUACUGCAUUUGUUAUAUGGUUCUGUAUAAGUCUAUAUGUUUCUAAUAUAUUGGGAGCCUAUCAAGUUGUUGUAUUUAUUUUAUUACAACUACUGUGCCUGGUAGGAUUCGUUUAUGAAGUAAUACUCAUUAUGGAGAAUCAAGAGUUUCAGGGUAAAUACAUGACAUUCGUUGAAGCAGUACAGUUUACACUGACGAAUAACUCAGUCGCAAGUGUUCAGGAGGAUCCAUUAUCUCAGCCAAAGAACGACAAGUUGAUAGAGAAUAGCACAGAGGUUGAAGACCAAGAAACUAUAGGACCACUAUCUGCCCCAACAACAGAUAGUGGGUUCAAUAUAAAAUUGUAUAGGAAAUCAAUAUCAUUGGAUGCCGAUGCUCGUACUGCCUUAACAAGUAGCAAACUACAACCGACUAGUAAAGUAUCCAGCAGUAGGUGUACACCAGUACGUGAUCGUUAUGUUUUACGAAGAUUGAAAACUGAAUUAAGACUAUCUAUAGACAGUGAGAAUGACGAGGUUGAUACAGAUAAAUACAUGUAUGGUGCAUUGUACGCUUGCAUUAGUAUGCUUCUAUGGAAACACAAGUGGAUGAUAUAUAUUUUGAUGGUUCCAACAUCUGUUUAUAUUGUGAAGCGACUUGGUAAUUAUUUUGGAUUGUGGGAAAUGAUAGGGAAUCGAUACAACAUUGUUAUGAAAGUCAUAAAUGCAUGGUGCACAGAGAGACAUUGUGCACUUUUGCCAGCUAACGUUAGAGGUUUAUACAAAGUUGUAAUCAUAAUCGAUCAGAAGUUAACAAGAGCAUUGAAAGCAUCUGUUGAUGCGGUGGCAACUACUGCUGUGAUCUUCGGACUCCUUGUGUUUACUGCUUGCACAACUAUUUUUAUAACAAUACAGGUUUACACAGAAGGAAUGCAUCUAAUCCAAGUUACGGGAGAAAUUCUCAAUUCUUCUUUAAAUAACCCGGACAUUGAUUGGAUGCCUGAACAGUGGGAAGAUUCAGUUAAUAGUGUACUAGACAAUGCUUACACGUACGGGCGAAGUGCCAUUUCUGACGGAGUAAAAGGUUUAGUAAAGGAUUUAGACCCAGUGAAGGCUGAACAAAUGGAGAGAAAAGUUUUAGAACUCUGGGACAAACUUUACCAGGCUUGGGUGAUGUCCAGUGAGAACUCAGAUUUAGUCGGGUCCAGUGUUGAUGUUACAGCAGCCUAUUCAGUUUGGGAAAGCUUCACAGAAAGCUAUGGAAAGACACCCUUACAACUAUUUAAUAUGACUAGCAUACAGAAUUUUGUAAAAGAAAACAUUGGAAUUUUCAUGUCAGUUCUAGAUUCCAUUUGGAGUAUAGUUAAAGGCAACAUGUCCGUAAUACUGACAAUUUUUACAGAAUUAUGUUAUAUCGUACUUAUGAGUGGAUCAGCGGUUCUUAACUUUGUUCUUAGUAUGGUAAAGAAACUUCUCAGUUCUAGCAACAAGACUUACAAACCCAUCGAAUUAACUACCGCGUUUAGUCCCAUUAGUUGCGACAGCGUUCUGCAUGUCGAAGGAUUUGCUGUGGCUUUACAGGAAGCUGUGAUUGGAGUAUUCGCCGCGACAUUCAAGCUUGCAUCGUUCUUUGGUAUGUGGACGUGGUUCGUGCACAAUUUGUUUCAAGUGAAAAUUGUUUACUUGCCGUCCACAUUUGCAACGAUACUCGGGGCUGUGCCAUUCUUGGAUGCAUAUUUCGCUUGCAUCCCGGCUACCUUGGAACUCUGGUUCACUCGGGGAUCUAUGGUUGCUAUCUUAUUUUUUAUGUUCCACUUUGUUCCUUGCAAUAUCGUGGUAACGGAGUUCUACAGUGAGAUCAAAGGCGGCGGACAUCCUUACCUUACGGGUCUCUCGAUAGCAGGUGGAAUCUUCUGUUUAGGAGUACAGGGUGCAAUCUUUGGACCUUUACUAUUAUGUUGCAUUAUGGUAGCAAUUAAUUUAAGUCGUCGCUAUCUUCAUUCGCCUUCGGAGAAUGUUAUGCAAACAUAUUCUGAAAUGAAAGAUUAACGUAAAUAGGUGAGGUGAUGUAUGUAUGUAUGUAGUUUGUAAAAACUACAUAUAUUUUUAUAACAAACAAUUUGUAAAACGGCGGAGAAUUUCGAGUUUGUGGAGGAAUUAUUAAGAACAUGGCUCACGCCAAAUGAUAACAAUUUACAGAUGCCUUAAACAAAGCUUAUACUGCAAA